AUGAUAGGAAAUCUUCGCUCGGCACUCUCAUCCGUGGGGAGUGCCGUCAAGAUCUUUUAUCAUGAUCAUGCUACGACGCAAGCUCGGGAGAAGACCCCUCGCGCGAAGCGCCUGAAACUCAGCGCAGUACCAGUCAAGAGCUACGGAGACAGGAACGAGGAAGUGAAGACGGAACCUUUCGAUCAAGUCUCGGAUUCAAACCCAGGUGGGUUUGGAAAGUCGUGCGCUGAUGGCGCGAGCCAAGGCAAUCACGCUCUGCUGUCACCACCACCAUCACCAAAGAAGCCCGACCUGAGUCAGCCACACAGAAAAGCGCGAUGGUUUCUCAAAUUCCGCGCGCGCUCCGACCAGAAUGAAUCUGCGUCAAAUACCGACGAUGAAUUCGAUGGGGCGCGCACAGGCCUUUCAACUAGGGACAUAUUCAAGAGGAGGCGGCGAGAUGCCUCACGUCAAACGCCAAAACGGCCUGGGAGGUCACCGCUGCCCAAGCCUGUCAAAUUUGCAGACAAUACUGGGAGACCGGUACGACCUAGGCAGAGACAUCCAGUCGCAGAUGAACUACCCGAUUUAAAGAAACUGACGCUCGAGGCGGAGCCGACGAUCUCAACUGCAGGGGACAAAAGAUUUGCUGAACGAUUCCUUGCUCCGGUAGAGAUAUUUGACUACGUACCCCGCUAUUCAAACACGCACGAAGAUUUUUCGGUCAACCAUGAUGACCGUAUUAAUGCCAUCCUUGAUGAGAAGCAGCCGUGGUCGCUUGAGCUCAACAGCGCCGUGGUAGAAAGCAUCCAGGCGCAGCGCAAGACGCAAGUAUCUGACGAGGACAUCACGCGCGAGUACAUAACAAAUCUACAAGACUAUGAGGUCCGCUCACCUUGCCGACCACUACUGCUCUCAUUAUCCAGCGAAAUGAGCAAGCGAACUAUCAGCACAAUACGCGCGAGCCCGGACGCUGUCCUUGCCAAAGCAGCUGACUCGACACCGUUGCAUCGCCAUGACUUUUGCAGGGUUAUACCGAAGACAGAGUGGCUUAAUGAUGAGGUUGUGAACGGAGUUUUGUCCUGGCUGGACCAGGCGGUCAAUCACAUUGGUGGCGUCAAUGACCCGAGGACGCAGACCAGGAAAUGCCUGGUCAUGACAUCUUUCUACUACAAGCAAAUCAAGACGGCUUGCAAAAAUACACAGAGGACUCUUAGGCGGAAGGGGAUCACGAAGGAUAAUUUGCUCAAAGUCAACACGAUCCUUCUGCCAAUCUGUGAGCAUUCACAUUGGACGCUAAUGGUCAUCAACCCAUCGAAGAGGACCGUGGCCCACAUCGAUUCGUUGAAUCCGCGUGGGAACAAGCCGGUCACAGAACUUGCUCUGUUGUGGAUGAAGGACGCGUUGGACGAAAAGUUUGUGCCCGCAGAGUGGUCAACGAUCAAAUAUUGUCAUCCCGCGCAGACAAAUGGAUACGACUGCGGUGUACAUACGAUAUGCAACGCCAUUUGUGUUGCUGUUGGCGUUGAUCCAUCUGAGGCAUAUAAGGCUGUAGACAUGCCUGCACUGCGCCUACAGAUGUCGGCGGUGCUGGUUAAUGGCGGAUUUACUGGAGAGCUGGAUCUUUUGGGUUUCUGA